AUGUCAAGUUCUACUGACGUUAUUAGUGUCAUAUCGCAGCUCUAUAUAUCCGAUCUAGAAAUAGAUGCUUCGGAGUUUAAAAAGCGUCUGGACCAAUGGGUUAACUUUUUUAUGACGCACUGGAAUCUCCUAAUAGAACCCGUAAGUUUAGACAGAAAUAACGAGUUUGUUGUUACAAAUCAGGUCAAGGAGGAAUUUUUUGAAACGCACGUGUUAAGACUAAAUUAUGAACAGCUGUUAGAAUUGGACGUGCCGCCCUCAGUGGAGGCGUUUAAGAAGGAUUUCUAUUCAACUCCAGAGCUGACGCUUUCAGCAAUGUCGGCCUCUUUGCACAUUUACACCUGUUACUACCUCCGGUCAAACAAAGAUGACACUGAGAAAAAGAAGGAAGAGAGCAGUUGCAUGUAUCUGAAUAAAAUAAACAACGUUGGCUUGAACAUGAAGAUAAAGGACUACUUGAUAAUUAACAAUGUAAACAACGAAAAUGCAGUAAACGAUAAAGCUAAUGCAAUUUACGAUGCAAUGAAGAAGGAAGUGGCUGACAAUGAGCUGAAUAACCUGUUAAACGGAGAAGGAUUGGACAAAUACAUUCACUUCAACGAAAUUAAAAACCAGAAUGUGAUAGUGAGAGUGUACAACUACAAGCCGGUGACGAAGUUUGUAAACCUGAGAAGCCAUACAGUGGGAUGCGUGGCCUCAAUAAUGGGCCAGAUCAUCAGAAUAAGUAAGCCGAAGACGCUGGUGACCUCAGCACUCUUCACGUGCUGCAAGUGCGACAAGAGCUUCUUCAAAAGGUUCAAGAUGGGCCUGUUCGAUCCCCCGACGAAAUGCAUACAAAAAAGCUGCGACAGUAGAUUCUUCAUAAUUAACAGGCACUACGUUAUAACGACAAUCUAUCAAACGCUAAGGUUGCAGGAGUACAUGCUGAGAAACAACUGUAUGGAUACCUCAAAGACAAAUUCAGUACUGGACAUACAAGUGGCAGACGAUUUGGUAGGUCGGUACAACCUGGGAAACGUAUUAAACGUAAUCGGAAUAAUUAAAAUGAACACGACCAGUAACGUAAACCUGUACAAGGACAACAAGCUGAUAUACAAAAUGUACCUAAGCACAGUGUCAGUGAAUGUGAUAAGCAAUAAAAACUGCAUAAUCGUCAACAACAACAGUGGCUCAGGAGCCAGCGAAAAGGAGGACUACAACACGUUCAUAAAGGACAUAUACUACAACGAGCCGAAUAGGUUUUAUUUGGUGGCAACAUCGCUGUUUCCAAGCUUAAAAGGAAAGUAUUAUCAAAAAGUUGGACUAUUACUGAGUUUGCUGGGAGGAGUCAACAUCUACGACGAGUAUAAAAACAUUAAAAAAAGAGGCACUAUUCACGUGUUAUUGAUAGGAGAGCCAGGAGUAGGAAAGAGUCACAUGUUAUCGUGCAUAUCAACGUCCCUAGGCAAUCACAUGGUCAGUGCAUCAAAUAUCACAAACUCGGGGCUGACAGCAGGACUAGUAAAGGAUAACAAUGAGUUUAACCUGGAGGCGGGAAUACUUGUGCUAUUAAACAAUUCGACGCUCUGUAUAGACGAGUUGGAUAAGUUAAACUCAACGGACAUAUUGUUGGAAGUAAUGGAAGCGCAAAGAGUUAGCAUCGCAAAAGGAGGAAUAGUUAAAACACUUAAGGCACAGACAACACUAAUAUGUGCAGCAAAUCCAAUUCACUCUAAGUUCAAUAAAAAUCUAGUGGAUAAUAUUAAACUGUCGAAGACCCUGUUGAGUAGAUUUGAUCUCGUUUUUCUUUUGAUAAACGAUAAAAGCGAUUACGAUGAUUAUUAUGACGUUAAUAAAAAUGAGGAAACGGACUUGAUAAGGAAGUUGAAGUCAUUUACAAAAUACGACUUUUUGAAUAAUAUUCUCAUUAAUGAGUAUAUUGAAUACGGAAGGAGGUAUAUUAAUCCAACGUUUACAAAAGAAGCGAAGGAAGAAUUAAAUUUAUUCUUUAAAGAACUGAUAGAAUUGAAUAAAGAUAACACAAAUAUACUAAAAUUAACGACGAGGCAACUGCAAGGACUAAUAAGAUUGUGCCAGAGCCGGGCGAGAGGAGACUUAAUGAAAGUAGUAACAAAGGAACACGUAAAGGACGUUGUCGAAGUGUUUAAAAACACAGUGUACUAUCCGACCUUUAUGAACAUAUUUGAAAGCAGCAGUGUGCAGAGCAUAAAUGAUAAAAAGGGAAAGAAGGACCUGAUUAAAAUAUUCAUAAACGAGUUAAAGACACUGCUAAAUAAUAAAACGGGAGAAAUGUGCCAACUGGCAAGAGAUGUAAUCAGUAAAAACAAAUCAACAAUGGAAGCAGAGGAGCUAGUAUACAGAGUAAACAACCUGGGAUACAUACUGAAGCAGGGAACGAAUUGGAAGACGAAUUUAUAG